AUGGCACCAACAAAUACUCAAAGUUUAAAAAAUUUCGAUUAUUUAGUUAUUGGAGGAGGAUCAGGUGGUGUAGCAUCAGCAAGAAGAGCAGCAAAAUAUGGAGCAAAAGUUUUAUUAAUUGAAUCAAAUUUUAAUAAAUUAGGUGGUACUUGUGUAAAUGUUGGUUGUGUACCCAAAAAAGUUAUGUGGUAUGCUUCUGAUAUGGCUCAUAAAAAAGCUGAUUUAUAUCCUUAUAAAUUAGAUAAAAAGGAAGAAAAAGUUAAAUAUGGAGAUUUUGAAUGGUCACAAUUCAAAAUAAAAAGAGAUAAUUAUGUUACAAGAUUAAAUGGAAUUUAUGCAAAUAAUUUAAAAAAGGAAAAAGUAGAUUUUAUAUUUGGAUUCGCUAAAUUUAUAAAUUCAAAUGGUGAUGUUGAAGUUACUUUAACUGGUGAUCAAAAUUUACCAUUUUUAGAACCAUCCGAUAAAGAAUAUAAAAAAGAUGAAAAAUUAAUAUUUAGUGGUGAUAAGAUUUUAAUUGCAACUGGUGGUACAGCAAUUAUACCACCUAAAAUUGAAGGAUCCGAAUUAGGUAUUACUUCAAAUGGAUUUUUUGAAUUAGAUUAUCAACCAAAAGAUGUUGCAAUUGUUGGAGCAGGAUAUAUUGGAGUUGAAUUAUCAGGAGUUUUUAAUGGAUUAGGUUCAAAAGUUGAUUUUAUUAUAAGAGGUGAUACAGUAUUAAGAGCAUUUGAUGAAACUAUACAAAAUACUAUAACUGAUUAUUAUAUUGAUAAAUUAGGUAUAAAUAUUAUAAAAGAAAGUGGAGGAGUUGUUAAAGUUACAAAAGAAGGUGAUAAAAAAAUUGUUACUUUAGGUAAUGGAGAAAUUUUAAAAGUUGAUGAAUUAAUUUGGACAGUUGGUAGAAAAUCUUUAGUCGAUAUUGGAUUAGAUAAAGUUGGUGUAAAAGUAAAUGAUCGUUCACAAAUUGAAGCAAAUGAAUAUCAAGUUACUUCAAAUCCGAAAAUUUUUUCAUUAGGUGAUGUUGUUGGUAAAGUUGAAUUAACUCCAGUUGCUAUAGCAGCAGGUAGAAAAUUAUCGAAUAGAUUAUUUGGAGGUGAACAAUAUAAAGAUGAUCAUUUAGAUUAUAAUAAUAUUCCAUCUGCAAUUUUUUCACAUCCAGAAGCUGGAUCAAUUGGAUUAUCUACUAAACAAGCUAUUGAAAAAUAUGGAAAAGAUAAUAUUAAAAUAUAUAAUUCAAAAUUCACAGCAAUGUAUUAUGCAAUGAUGGAUGAUGAUAAAGAUAAAUCACCAACUGUUUAUAGAAUUGUAUGUGCUGGACCAGAAGAAAAAGUUGUUGGAUUACAUUUAGUAGGUGAUGGUAGUGCUGAAAUUUUACAAGGUUUUGGAGUUGCUGUUAAAAUGGGUGCAACUAAAAAAGAUUUUGAUAAUUGUGUUGCUAUACAUCCAACUUCCGCUGAAGAAUUAGUAACAAUGACUUAA